UCAUGCUAAAAUUCCACCAGCACAACUCUCAGAUAGGCAAUCCACAAGUUCCUUUAUACCCCGAGGAAGGGCUGGCUGGAGAGUCUAAGAAAGCGCAACAAACUCUUACACUAGAGUGCUCGUGUAGAUCGGCAUGCAUUAUCAAAAGUCUUCAGCAAGACAUCAAAAACUUAGAAACUGACUGUAAAAAACUCAGAGAAGACAAAUUGUCGUUGCAACAGGAAGUUCAAAAGUAUAAGGAGAUAAGUGAUGGACAUCAAGAGUUUGUGAAGGAAAAACUGAUGGAGACAGACAAAAAUCACACCCGGGUCUGUGCAUGUAGUCAAAGAGAUUACGGCAAUACCCAUGCUGGGAAAUCAGGUUCAAUUUGGUCCAAACUGUUUUGGAAACCAUGUGAACAAUGCCCUGAACUCGAGCAAAAAAUAAAAGAGUUAAGAGAUGACAUCAAAGACAAGGAUACUACCUUACAGAGGUUUUCUGUCAAAAUAAAUACCGACUUUGCACGUUACCAAGAUAACUCGUUAGAAGAAGGUGUUGUGAGAAGUCUGUGGAAUGACUUAUUUCUGUAUAAAGCUCAAGAUUUACCCAAAGACAUCACCUACUCACAGAAAAAUGAAAUCCUCCGUGUCUUCUGUGACAUGUUCAUGGACAUUGGUGACAGUGUACAGGAAGAGCUAAUUGAGAGAAUGGCUGAUUGUUUGAGAGCUCUUUUCACUCCUCAGCCGAGCCCUGAUGCGGAGACUAAUCUGAAAGAAGUCCAGCGUGCUUUUUCUAUCCUUGUUAAUAUCCCAAAGGUUAAGGAGGAUUUCACCCUCUAUCCUAAAAUGCUAACAAAGUUCAAGGAAACUAAGCAGUGUUGCCAAUUGACAAACAUGGACAAAUUUGUUCAAAGUGCACUAUCCCUGUGUGUAAAAAUGAGCAAACGAGUCCCACCAUACCUCAUUUCCAACGUUGAAAAACAUUUUGUAUCAGAACUUCAUGAGUGGAAGUAUGUCCGAGGAACUCCAGACCCUCAAGAAAAUCCAGAAAUACCUGUGAGCUACCUUCGCCCCAUUGUAUACCACAACUAUCAAGGGACGGUGUUCCUCCCAGGAGUGGUGGUCACUAGCACCAGCAGUGUUCACAAUGAAGACACUGUUUCAGGAUCAUCGGAUGCAACAAAUGCACAGCAACCAGCCGCAGAUACUGCAAGUACCAUGGACUAAAAUCAUGACAGAAAUGAGAUAUAAAGAGAAUCGAAGAUCGAAGAGAGUAUAUAUAUAGUAUGAAUAUAUCGUAUAGACAAAAUAAAUAAUGUAUAUAGCAGCUAGUGUACUAACCUAGAAAUGCUGAUGGCAAGCCUGUAUAUAGAAACAGGUUACCAUAAUUGUAAUAAACAA